UUGGAAUUUCAAAGUUUAUUGAUGGUUCUUCAAGUUUAGAUACCAUACUCAAUACCUUUUGCUAGAAAAAAGUUAAAAGAUUCAAUAUUGUGAUGAAAUUGCUGCAAUUUGUGCCCACUAGAUUACUAUAAUUAAUUAGAUAAUCUGCAAUUGUUUUUUGAUUACAAAUUGUUACCAAAAAAAUAAAUAAAACUAAGAGAUGGAGGCUUUUUAUAAAGAAAUUUGGCCUGACUAAUCACUAAGUCAAUGAUAAUAAUGUUUGCCAUGUUUACACAUUUAAUACACUCCAUUUGUCAAAUAAAUGAAGAACUUUUAGAUCAAGUCAGAAGAGCAGCUUGUCUUAGCUUCUUUAUCAUUUGCACCUAGAUUACUGCAUUAUUAAGUCUUGCAGAUAUUUCGUUUGAACUUACAUACAGUAUGCAGUUCGUUAGGCUUUGGGAUGGUAAAAAGUGUUGCAUCUUCACCGUCGUAUUACUUAUAUUUUUCUUUCUUUUGGUUGAGGGAUGCAAAACAGAAUCUACCAUAUUAAAGGUGGUGCAAGAGGAGUUCACAUUUGAUGAAGUUUCGCGCUCUUUCAACAUGUGCCAUGCUUCUACAAUCGUCGAGGUUGAAAAGGGCCAUUUUUUGGUUGCUUAUUUUGGAGGCUCCGGUGAGGGUGCACCUGAUGUUAAAAUUUAUACACAAAGAUAUAAGGAUGGUUCAUGGAGCUCUCCUAUUGCUAUCGAACAAGAACCUGAAGCUUCAGUCUGGAGUCCUGUGUUGGUUAAAGCACAUGAUGAGUUGCUCCUGUUUUUUAGAGUUGGUCCAACCUUUCAAACUUGGACCGGAGCUAUGAGGCGUUCAAUUGAUGGAGGAGUCAGUUGGUCAUCGCGAGAACAGCUCCCUGCUGGUAUAAUCGGACCUGUCAAAGUUAAGCCUCUUUUAAUGGAAAAUGGAGAAUUGAUAUGUGGAUCCUCUGUGCAAACAUGGAAUGCUUGGGCAUCUUGGGUGGAGGUGACCCCGGAUUUGGGAAGAACAUGGAAGAAGUAUGGUCCCAUAGUGGUUCCAAAUCAUAAUAUGAGUGUGCUUCAACCAGUACCUUAUCUCACAAAGAAGGGACAUAUACGUGUUCUUAUGAAAUCUCACUCAAGCAUUGGUAGAGUUUGCCUAGCUGAAUCUCGAGAUGGCGGUCGUACUUGGAGCGAUGCAGUGCCUACUCAACUCCCAGAUCCUAAUUCAGCAAUCGACGCAAUCAAGUUAUGUGAUGGGCGUCUAGUGAUCAUUUAUAACACAACUUCGAGGGGAAUUCUCAAGGUUGCCAUCUCCUACGAUGAUGGUGAUUCAUGGCUUGAAGUUUUGACACUUGAAGACACUCAAGGAAUGGAAUUCUCUUACCCAGCCAUUAUUCAAGCCAACGAUGGAUUAAUUCACAUUACUUACACAUACAAGAGGACACAAAUUAAGCAUGUUGUUCUCCAGCCUUGAGGGCCCUCGACACUUGUACUUUGAUGAGGAUAUAAGGCAUAACCGCAUAAGUUAUGCACAAAAUAUUCGUUACAUUCUUGUUUAGUUUUUGAGUUUGCCCCACCCGGUUUACCAGAGCUUAGUUUCGACUAUAUUCCGAUCCGACCCAGGUUGGACACCUUGACUUAUGAUGGGUGAGUCUCCUAACAAGAGUUUUUUGCAUUCGGUGAAGCUUGAACUCGAAACCUCCCUUAAACGGCAUCAAGCUGCUUACCACUUGAGCCAACUUGUUUAGUUAUGUAACAAUUAUAUGUAAAGAUUUAGGUAUUUGAUGAUCAGGUAUAGCUUUUCUCUACCUUGAAAAAAGUACGAGAAAAUACUUUUAAAUAGUGUGAGAACAAUUAUAUCCUUAAAAUGUUUGUUUAUCUACAUAUCCUCAAAACGUUUGUUUAUCUAUAUGCCUCUAUUAUUAUGACAACUGCAUAUGAGAUUUCCCUUGUGUGAUCAAGUAAUUUAAC